AUGAAAUCAGUGCUCUUCAGCCGCUUCUUCAUCCUUCUGCCCUGGGUCCUCAUUGUCAUCAUCAUGAUCGAUAUCGACAGUAAAAGGACGAUCCGGGCUCCGGCGGCCGCUCGGACCGGCAGGGCGCAGCGGGCGGCCCGGACCGGCGCGCCGGGGGUCGGUGUCACCCCCAAUCAGACCGCGCUGCCGGUGAUCUACGCCAUCACUCCGACUUACUACCGCCCAGUGCAGAAAGCGGAGCUGACCCGGCUGGCACACGCCUUCCGCCAGGUGCCCCGGUUCCACUGGGUCGUGGUGGAGGACUCCACGACGCGCACGGAGCUGGUUGCGCGCUUCCUGGCCCGGUGCGGCGUGCCUUUCACGCACCUGCAUGUGUUCACUCCCGGCAGGUUCAAGCGAACCGGGAUGCCACGCGCCACCGAACAGAGGAAUGCAGCUCUCGCGUGGCUCCGGCAGCACCGGAGCCUGCGGGACCCCGGGGUGGUGUUCUUCGCGGAUGACAGCCUGGAGCUGUUUGAGGAGGUAACCGGACAUGAGUUGUGUUAGUUGUGUUAUAACUGUACAGGGAGCAUCAUGGCAAGAUGUCAUUCAGCCUGAACUGCGGCACACAAAUUGUAUCACUGUAAUCUUACACUUUUAAUAUCUGAA